AUGCUCAACUCUCGCCGCGCCCUCGUGGCGGCGGUCUUCAUCCUCAUUGUCUUUUUCCUCAUCACCCGAUCGCACGAUUCGAGCUCGGGCGUCGCGCCAUCGAAUACCAACACCGAAAAGACCUCCUCGUCGAAUAAUGGCGGCAACGCUGCUGACCCCCCUGCUGACCCCCCUGCUGCGGCCGCCGAGAUUCCCCCCGAGAAGCCCAAGCCGGCGCCUGUCCAGAAACCGAGAAAAGACAUGUCGCGCAUGAGCACAUACGACAAGCUCGCCUACGCUUACCCGUACGAUGUGGACACAAAGUUCCCCGCCUACAUCUGGCAGACGUGGAAAUACGGCCCUGCGCAGGCCGAGUUCGCCUUUGGCGAGCAGGAGGCCUCGUGGUCAGACCAACACCCCGGUUUCGUGCACGAGGUCAUCACCGACGAGGUGGCGGUCAACAUGCUGCGACUGUUCUACGCGGCUGUGCCAGAGGUCCUGGAGGCGUACCAGGCGCUGCCACGCCCGGUGCUCAAGGCGGACUUUUUUCGGUACUUGAUUCUGCACGCCCGAGGCGGCAUCUACUCAGACAUCGACACGUUCGCCAUCAGGAGUGCAGUGGAAUGGCUGCCGCCCCAGAUCCCGCGCGAAACGGUCGGCCUUGUCAUUGGCAUCGAGGCGGACCCUGAUCGCCCCGACUGGGCGGAAUGGUACAGCCGCCGGAUCCAGUUCUGCCAGUGGACCAUUCAAGCGAAGCCAGGGCACCCCGUGCUCCGCGACAUCAUCACGCGCAUCACGAACCAGACACUGGAGAUGAAGCGCUCGGGCAAGCUCGCGAGCUUCCUGGACAAGAACAUUGUCGACUUCACCGGCCCCGCGAUCUGGACGGACACCAUCUUCGACUACUUUAACGACGAGCGGUACUUUGACAUGCGCGACAGCACCAAGAAGAUUGACUGGAAAGACUUUACCGGGAUGGAGACGAGCAAGCGGGUGGGUGACGUUGUGGUCCUGCCCAUCACGAGCUUCUCGCCGGGCGUGGGACAAAUGGGUGCCAAGGAGCCCGAUGAUCCCAUGGCAUUUGUGCUGCACAACUUUGAAGGCACGUGGAAACCCGAGAGCGAGCGCCAUAUUGGCGAGCAGCAAGUGGUGAUGUAG